GUCUUUGAUGCCUCACGUUGUUUGUGCUUUUUGCAGGGUGGGACUUUUUUUUUUUCUUUUUCCAGAGGGAUUUUUAGUGCAAGUGUGAUGUCUGUCUUCCCUUGAAAAAUUGUCUUGUGUGGAAACAAACUUCGGAAAGAGAAAGAAAGAAAGAAAGCCACUUUUUAUUCUUAUUUUUUCUCUCUCUCUCACUAAUAUAUCUGAUUUUCUCUCUCACUUCUUCUGUUCUAUGUAAUGGGUGUUAGAUGUGCUUAGUUUCAGAGUGUGCAACACAACACCAGCAACAUGUCUCAGAAAGAGAAGGGUCCGGGUAUCAGGCUAUUUGGAAGGAAGAUUCCGGUGCCGGAAUGUCAGAUUCCGGCAAACUCUGGACCCACGGAUACUUGCUGCAGCAUAAAGAAAACAGAACUCAAAAUACCUAGUGAAUGUGGAGAAAACUCUGAGCAACAAGAAAAUUCUUCUGAUUCAAGGGAUAGUAAACAAGAGUCCCAACAUAAAGUGCAGGAAAAUGAGCCAAUUGUAAAUCCCAAGCCUGUGGAAGAUAAUAUGGAGACUGGUAGCUCUGAUCAAGAUAAAGUCUUAAAGAAACCCGACAAGAUUCUUCAGUGCCCACGAUGCAACAGUAUGGACACCAAGUUUUGUUAUUUUAAUAACUACAAUGUCAAUCAACCUCGACACUUCUGCAAGAACUGCCAAAGGUAUUGGACUGCUGGUGGAACAAUGAGAAAUGUUCCCAUAGGUGCUGGGAGACGGAAGAAUAAGCACCUAGCCUCUCAAUACCAACACAUUAUCGUAACCUCUGAUGGAAUUCCAGCCUCCAGGCUAGAAACCACAGACUCGUCUGGUCUCCAACAGCAACAUAUUGCUAGUCUUGAAUCCUCAGUUUCUUUCAGGUCUUCAGCAGAUAAUGGCACCGUGUUGAAAUUUGGUACCGAUACCCCUCUUUGCAAAUCGAUGGAUUCAAUGCUUAAUCUUAGAGACCAGAGAAGAUGUGCUGAUGCAAGUUCUAUCAGCUGUGUAGAGUAUAGAGGGGAACCAUCCUUAUGUGGAUCUUCUGUGAUGACUAAUGGUGCUCAAGGAAAUGAAUUAUCAGAACAUAAUACAUCAAAUUGGUUGCAAUGUUACCCUGUUCCUCCAUGGGUAUUACCUUAUCCAGGUUGGAAUAAUGUGAAUUCCAUGGAAGCGGUUCAUCGAUCUUCAGCACCAAUGUGCAAUCCAUAUAAUAACACUGGUCCUACAGCAAUGCAAUGGUGUCCCACACCAAUGGUUGCAAUUCCUGGCAUGUGCCCACCAAGCAUUCCUUUGCAAUUUGUACCACCAUCAUACUGGAGUGGAACGCCACUUUGGAAUGCUGGAACUGGGGCAGUGUCAAUAGGAUCCAAUGCUUGCCUUUCGCCGACUUCCUCGACUAAUAACAGUUGCUGCUCAGGCAAUGGCUCACCAACACUUGGAAAGCACACUAGAGAUACAGUUUGCACUGAUGAAGAGAAAUCAGAAAAGUGUGUUUUGGUUCCAAAGACCAUUAGAAUUGAGGCCCCAAAUGAGGCCUCAAAAAGUCCUAUAAUAAGAGCUACAUUAGCUAUCAAGCUUGAUAAGCAGCAAUUUGUAUCAAAUGGUGAUAUUUUGAAAAAAAUUGAACCAAAAGAAGGCAAAGAUCGUGUGUUGGGUGCCUCUCAAAUCUUGGAAGCCAAUCCGGCAGCUAUUUCUCGUGCUCAUGCAUUUCAGGAGAGCUUAUAGUAAUUUUCUAGCUUCAAAUUUUCUAUUGCCAUUUUUGGUCAAAUAAACUAGUGCAUAUUGUUGGCUUUAGUUUCACUUUGCUGGUAGCAUUACUUUGUGAAAUCUAUAGUGUGAUUUUCAAUGGUGUACUAAAAUCUAUAUUGAACUAUGCUCUCUGAUAAUGAUGAUUUUUUGCCUUUGCCACAAUAAACAACAAAUUGAUAGUGAUUA